GUCGCGCGCCGGGUAGCAGCGAAUGCUUGUGCGUGGUCUUUCGUUGUGUGCUUCUGGGACUUGCGUGACAACCACAAAUUGACUGUCAAUCGCGACACUGUCUCUCUACCGAUACUUCCGUGGCCGCGGAAUUGUGAUAAAAUCGGAGUUUCGAUCGCGCGACGGAAUUUCGACCGGUAAACUCUCGAUCAAUUUAACGCUAAUCAAUGAAACUGCCGGCGAAACGGAACGAUGACACUGUCAGGAUCGCGGGAGUCACGUUGCAGUGAUCGCACCCACAAAUUUUCGCGCGUCGAUUAUUUACGAAACAAACGCAACGAUCCUAUUUGUCGGUGGUCGUAGCCCGCGUUCGAUAUUCGCGCGACGGUCGAUCGAAAGAACAAUCGAAAAGUGUCAAUCGUCGUAUUUGUUUUCGCUGCUUUCGAUAAUCGAUGCGUUGUCGAGGGUGUAACGGAAAGAAACGGGUCAAGUGAUCAACGGCGGUGUGUUGUUAUGACUGAAGUAUUUUUCGCGCGUGAAAAGGAGGAGAAGGAUGCGGGGUGGUCGACGCUGAUCGUUCUCGAGCGAGAAAAACGCGAGAACGCCGAGGAGGAGGGCCGCUCGGUGAAAUUCGGCGCAGGAUUCGCCGGGGCCACCGGUGGCGCCAAAAUGCCCCGUGGCUUGCCGACUAGACGAGGCCUCCAGGCGCUGGCACUUGUUCUCGCAACCGCUUAUGCCACGAUCCUUCUCUACCAAGCCGUUGCCCCACGUCAGUGGGUGGACGAAAUGAUGGUAGAGGUGAAUAGCCGAAGCGUUUUGGUAGAGGUACCUGCAUCAAGGAAAUUGAUCAGCGAAGAAUCAUUGGUGACCUCCGCGAUCGCAACAGCAACCAUGGCACCGCCUUCAACGAACUUAGAUGAUGUGUUCAUCAGCGUGAAAACAACGAAACACUAUCAUCAUUCUCGACUGCCAGUGAUCAUCAACACGUGGUUUCAAUUUGCCAAGGAUCAGACGUGGUUCUUCACCGACCGGGACGAUCCGUACUUCCAGAACCAAACCAACGGCCACAUGAUCAACACCAAGUGCUCCUCCUCGCACAACAGGCGAGCACUCUGCUGCAAAAUGUCCGUCGAGUUCGACAGGUUCCUCGACAGCGGCCGGAAAUGGUUCUGCCACUUCGACGACGAUAAUUACGUGAACGUGCCACGCCUGCUGAAGCUCCUGGACAACUACAAUCCACGGGAGGACUGGUACCUGGGCAGGCCGUCGAUACCGGUGCCCUUGGAGAUCAUCAGACAGGGCCCGGAACCCUCCAAGAGACCGCAAAAGGUGAAAUUCUGGUUCGCGACCGGCGGCGCCGGAUUCUGCAUCAGCAGAGCAUUGGCGCUGAAGAUGACGCCUGUGGCUGGAGGCGGAAAGUUCAUCACUGUGGGCGACAGAAUUAGGUUGCCCGACGACGUGACGAUGGGCUAUAUUAUCGAGUACCUACUGAAGAAGCAGCUGACGGUCGUCGAGCAGUUCCAUUCCCAUCUGGAGCCGAUGAAGUUUCUCAACAAGGACACGUUCGCCGAACAGGUCUCGUUCAGCUACUCGAAGGGUCCCAGGGACGAGUGGAACAUCCUGGAAAUCGACGGCUUCGACAUGAAGGAGGAUCCUAAACGAUUCAGGUCGAUCCACUGCCAUCUGUUCCCCCACGUGGCCAAUUGUCCGCACAGAUGAUGAGCAGCCGUCCGAGCGAGCGUCGGCCGAUGACGGGGAGACGAAGGAAACGGGGCCGACGAUCGAUCGAUCCCGAUCCACGAGGCGGCGGCCCCCUCGCCGUCCAGCCCCGCGUGAUUCAGACGUUCCGCUGCGUCCCUCGCGUUUCGUUAUUCCGUUCGCGGUCACGUUUUGUACAUUGAUUUUGUACAGCACACGGCAGCUCCGUGAACGUUUCUCGAGCGAAUGCCGCGCGGGAGCUUCGCCGCGGUGUCCGUCUCGUUUCUCCCGUUUUCGUUUCGAACGAGACGCACGCGAGCCGCGGAUCUAACCGAUCCUGAUCCUACGAUCGAUCCUGCCGUCUCGCGGAUCACGGGGCAACAGGCUUUAAUUCGUCGAUUAAGAUUGCACGGCGGUCCGCUUUCUCGUCCGCGCGCGCGCGGACCGUAUUUAUAGAGGACCAGUCGUUAGGGAAAAACUGCGGCGAAGGUUUUUUCCUUCCGCCGAGAGUUCAAGGUAUAUAUAUAUACAUACAUUGCAGGGUAUUCCAAAAUUAUGGCAUCUGUAGGAAAUGAGGGGUU